CAGUCAUGGAAGCAAGCAGUCCUUGAAAAUGCCGGACGCUGAACUCGGACGGGACUGAAAGAUCUGAGAAACACCAGUAAGAACUCUAUCAGCCCACCUCCCCGUCUUAAACAGCAGUGUCUCAGUAGCUCAGUGGUAGCGAAGGCAGCAGGAAGAGGUAUUCCCUGAAAGCAGAACACAGGCGAACAGGAAGGAACACGUCCCAGGGGGCGUCACCAACUGUUCAACUCUGGCAAAGUGAAAGUGCUCAAAGUGUGAAAAACGCUUCAGGGUUCAUGGAGGUGCGGACGCGUGGAGCGUUUACAAAUCCGCAUUAAGUUGGUUUAAACGUAAAGGGGUAAUUUUACACAAAAAUGUCUAGCAGUGAGGAGGGAUCCUCUGCAUCACCACAGUAUAAUGUUAUUCUGCUCGGAAGAACAGGAGCUGGAAAGAGUGCCACAGGAAACACCAUACUGGGACAAAAUGCUUUUCUUUCUAAGAAGAGCCUAAAUGCUGUAACUAAGGAAAUUCUGAUGGAGCGUGUUAACGUUGCAGACGUGACUCUCAAUGUGUAUGACACACCAGGACUGUUUGACCCAGAAGCAACUGAGGAAGACAUACUUGACAAAUGCAAGACUGUCCUCAAGCUGGAUGAAUCAGUCCUCACUGUCAUUCUACUGGUGAUAAAAACUGACAGGUUCACGCCAGAAGAGGAGAAAACUGUGCAGCUGAUAGAAGAUUUCUUACCAGAGUGGCUCCUCCAGAACACUUGGCUGCUCUUCACCAGGGGAGAUGAACUGGAAAGUGAGAAUGAAACUUUUGAAGACUUCAUACAAGACUCAAAGAGGCUGAAGGAACUUUUAAAUAAAUUUCAGAACAGAUACUUUGUAUUUAACAACAAGUCACAAAAUCCCCAACAACGGAUAAAACUGAUUGAGGAAAUUAAAAAAGCGCCAUUGCGUAGACAACCAGAAAUCACACCAUUUCCACAGAGAGCAGGUUGUGGUGAAGAUGAUCCUCAAAUGCGAAGGAUUGUACUGCUGGGGAAGACGGGUGUUGGGAAGAGUGCAACAGGGAACACUAUUCUGGGGGGAAAGAAGUUCAGAUCUGAGUGUGGUUUUGCAGCUGUAACAAGCAAGUGUGAAAUGCAUAAAGCAAAUGUUGCUGGGAAAACUGUGUGUGUGGUUGACACUCCUGGAUUCUUUGACUCAAAAAUGAAACCAAAGGAUUUAGCAGAGGAGAUUGGAAAGAGUGUUUAUGAAUGUCGUCCAGGUCCUCAUGCUUUUCUUUAUGUUGUGUCACUCAAGGACAGAUUCAUUAAGGUAGAUGAAAAGGUUAUUGAACAAAUUGAGGGCCUUUAUGGAAAAGAUGUGGCAAAAUACACAAUCCCUCUGUUCACCCACAGUGAUCAGCUGGAAGGAAAGAGUGUAGAUGAACUUAUAAAGCAGAACAAAUCCCUCAGCAGAUUUGUCCAGCAGUGUGGAGGGAGGUAUCAUGUAUUUAAUAAUAGAGAGCAGACAAACAGACAACAGGUGACUAAACUGCUCAAGCUGAUAGAUGGAAUAGUGGCGAAGAACAAAGGAAGCUACUACUGUAAUGAGAUGUAUGAGGCAGCUAAAAGCAGUACAUGGUCAGAUUUCUUUGAGACGUUGAAAACCUACUUUAUUGGUGCAGCGAUUGGAUUGGUAGUUGGUAUUGUCACAGGAGGGUAUGUUGGUUAUUUGAUAGGUGGGCCAAUAGGUGCAGUGAUAGGUGUAAUAGCAGGGGUUCUCCUAGGUUCUGGAGUGGGUGGAGCUAUACAUGCAGCAGGUUUAGAAGCACCACAUGUAGUGAAGAAAAUAGGCUUUAAGAUGAGACCGAAUAAAAACAUGAUUAGUGCUGUUCAAUCCACAGUGGCUCCAUGCUGUGCUACUGUUAACACUUGAUUAAUAACAUCUCAUCUUCAUGAUUGUGUGUUGCUAAUUUUUUUGCGUGUAUGCCCAGUGGAUUUGUUUUUUUUUGUAUGCGAGUACUCAGAACAAGUACAAAACCCGAUCACUAUUAUUGGGAAAAACAUUAGCAAAAUGAAAAAGUGGAAAACAAAUAGAUGUUAUCAAAAUUCAAAUUAUAAUGAUUUAAUUCACAGAUUGGCAGUGUAUUCAUUGACACUAAAGGUGCUCAAACACAUUCUUACUAUUUAAAAAGUUAAAUAAUAAAGUAAUUGUUCUAUUUGUGCAUUCUACAGCACAACAAGAAUAUACCGCUGCUGGAACAAAACCUCACAUCUCCAAAAACUUUAAUGGAAGUAAAUUCAUUUAAAUGUAACAGGGAGCGAGGAGGCGGACGCAUAUGCGGAGAUAAGCGAUGUUUAUUAUGGGCAAAUCCA